AUGACGGGGGGCGUGCCCAGCGGGUAUGACCACACGGCGCCGAUGCUGACGGAAGAUGAUCUGGUGAACGGAUGCGUCAUGGGACCCCAUGGCUAUGUGUACCGCCCACCUGUGCCCUCGAAGCAGCUGACUAUCGAGAUGCAGGUCUCAGUGACGGCCUGCAGAAGUUGGAGAGAGGUGCUGGCAACAGUGGAGAACCUGGGAGAUCUCUUCGAUUUCCGGAAUACCUCCACAGCUGUCCACCGCGUUGAGGCAGGCGAACAAAAGCUAGCGCUGGGGGAUCAGCGUUUUCCGCGGUUGCUGCAGCUGCUGAGAGCCAAGUGCAAGGACCUCUCUGCUUGGGGUUUGUCGGAUGCAUCAUGGGGUUUAGCCAAGAUGCAAUGCCGCGACGAGGAAAUCUUCCAACGUCUCUCCGCGCGAGCACAAGACAUCGUUAAGGACUUGGACGCUCAAGGCCUAGCAAUUGUGGCUUGGUCCUUCGCCACCGUAGCCCGGAAGGACGAGCCGUUGCUCAGUUUGAUCGCUCAAGAGGCGCGCAAGAAACUUGACACAUUUGGCGUUCAAAACAUCUCCAACCUGCUCUGGGCGAAUGCUACAUUAGGCAUGCGUUCCGAUGCGUUGCACGCAGAUCUUCUCCGGGAGUGCUUGGUGCGACUCGACGAGUUCACCACACAGGAACUGGCCAUUGCCACUGGAUCUACAGCGAUCGGAUCCAAGUGGGGUGAAUUGGGCCUUUACCAAGCCUGGUAUCCCAGAUGCCACGGCAAAUCGGAGAUGGACGGAUGGGAGAUGAGUGAACGGGAAGUCCUCGUGGGAUAUGUUAUGUUAGCUUACCCAGUAGGGGACGAAUGGAAGGCAGCAGUGCGUUCCCGCGUCUUGAGACUCAAGGAGUACGCCCCCUCCGAGCUGUCCAUGUUAGCCUGGGCGUUGGCCACCCGCGGGGACUACGACCCGGACCUCCUGGCGUACCUGGCGCGGCGCUCCAUGGAACUCAUGCGGAGCUUCACGGGGCAGAACCUGGCCACCAUUAUUUGGGCCAUUGCAACGAUCAGCUACAAGGAUGAUCCUUCCAUCGACGAGUUCCUUCGCAUGUCCCUGGGCGCCAUCAUCGCGCGGUCCAACGAGUUUCAGCCUCUGAACAUUGCCUUGAUCUCCUGGGGUUUGGCCAAGUUGUCCUUCAAGGCUGAAGCCGCCUUCGAAGCCAUGUGUGACGCCUGGCGUGGGAAGCGGGACUCUGCAGUGCAGCAGAUCGAUUCCUUCGUCCCUCAGAAUUUGGUGCAGCUGAUGUGGGCCUGCGGCACUGCAGGCUACCGCCAUGAGACCUUUUUGCGUGCAGCCGCUCGUGUAGCGAAGCGCACCAUUGACCAGUUCUCCUCUCAACAUCAAUCGAACUUCCUCUGGGCCUGUGCUAGGCUGAACUUCAAAGAGGAUGUGGAGUUGCUUCGUGUCGUCGCCGCGGCGGCGCAAAGGAAGAUGCACGAAGGCAGUCCACAACAUCUCUCCAACAUCGCAUGGGCAGCAAGUCAACUGGGCCCUCAACAUUUUCAGGACUGUUUGUACGCCGUGGUUAGCGAAACCUCUCGGCGCAUCGCGGAGUUUGACCCUCCGUCCAUCAUGAUGUUGAGCGAUUCGCUGUACGAGGCGAAAUUCAACCAUGGUGGUGAGAUCAUGCAGGUGCUGCGGGGUCAGGUGCAACGCAUGGGCAACGAGCUGUUCGACCUCUUCACCAACGGUCUGCCACGGCCGAGGGGUCGCGGAUCGCAACAGGAGUUGACCGAGUACCAACGAAGGCUGCGGAAGGUGGGACUCACCACCUUUGGCACCUCGGCAGAAGGCUAUGAACACACCACCUCGCUCUUCGAGCAGUUGCAGCUGGCCGAGGGCCUUCCAUGGCAGAUCACCGAGGCCAUGGCCAUGCCAGGUUGGACCACAAAUGCGCGGCGCACCACGGUGGCACGGCGCUACGCGCUGCGGGUUGGCUCCAGAAAUAUCGAGGAUCCCGGCACCAUCUUCACCAGCGCCUUUGCUUCGGCCGCCGAAGACAAUACCGCUGACUUCAUCGUUGUCUGGCUGGGCCAGGGCAAAGCAGAUUCGCCCAGCACUGGUCGCGCAGGGCGCAGCGGCGAUGCAGAGUGUCGUGCUAUGAUGGCCACCCACGAGAUGUUGAAGAAGGUGGUGCUGGAGGAAGGCAGCGAUGAGGUCAGCGGCUCGGUGGCCUUCCACACCAGCGGCGUGCCGUGCCUGUCCUGCGUGGGUGUGGCGGCGCAGUUCAAACGCCACUACCCGCGGAUCCGUUUCUGUUUCACUUUCAUGAACCGGCCCUUGUCGGAGCGUGAAGGUGUGUUGGACGAUGCGCCUGCCAUGGAGCCCUCCAUGUUCUCCAUGGCUCCCAAGACGCCGCGGAGGAACGACAGCGCUGCAGCCCCGCGGAACAACGGUGCAUCGCAAGGCUCGUCCGUUCUCAUCGUGGCGAAAGAACCUAUUGAACUGCAGGUGGAGCUUGGGACAAGUACAACCCUGGAUACAGGCAAGGGCGGCAAGGGGAUGCUGAUCGAAACGGGAGGGCACAAGUACUGGCUUUCCGUGUCGCGGGAAUUGUGGAGGAAAAAGGCAUCGGGCACCAAACAUUGGACAGUUUUGGACACGAGUGACACGAACUUCAUGACUUAA